GGUGGCACAACAAAGAACAGUGCCUGGGAAUUUGAGACAGGAGCCCUAGGUAUUUUUAUUUUUUAUCUGCACUGGGGGUUGUUUUUUUGUUUUGCAUUUCUCUGCGAAAAGAAAAAAGGACUCAUAGGAUGCCAGACCAUAGUUUCUAUACAUUUUUUUUAUCCUUAGAACCAGACUGACCUCAUUUUCGCUCUCUAGAUCUUAUUGGUUCUAUUUUAUCAGGCCAACAUUAGGCUAUUUUUAUGCGAAUAUCACUUCCAGCAAAAACACGACCCAGACUGGUUCAGGGUCAUGCUGAGGAACAGCCAUGGGACAGACUUGUAACACAUUUUGCAUAUAUGAUUAUUUGUAUCAUAAGCUAAACACUGAGGUGAAAGAAAUCUGAUUUGAAACACUUCUUUUGUUGUUAAUUCCAUAAUUGGUCACCUUCAUUUGCUAUGCAUCACUUAACGCGCAGAGGGAGACACCUGACGUCUCCGCGUCACGCACGCUCGUGUGCGGUGCGGCUGCUAAACCAAAGUGUAAAAAAAGCUCAACGUGUUACCUGCCGUCACAGAACCACAGAGCUUUGGGGGAGAAGUAAGCGAGUGCGCCUCGGGUUUGUGCGUGAGAGCUUCCCACAUUCACAGUCGCCCGCGCGCAAUGGCACCGAGCUCUCCUCCUGCUCGCCUCGCAGAGCUGAGCGAGAUGACGGGAUAACUUUUAACUGAACUGGAGGAUGCUUUUCCCUUGAUGGCAUCUGAUGAAUUCUUUACUGGGGAAUAGUAACAGGUCUGCCAAACAUCUCACCUCCCAUGUCACCGGGACGCCUCCAUGGCGAUGUUUAGCAGCGCAGAACAGCUCUGGAACGAAUCAGACACUUUCGGAUGGGAUGAGAGGAAUGAGAGCUCAGAGGCAUCGGGGCAGGAUGAGCGUAACUACUACGCCAUGCUUUACUCGCUCCUCAUCCUGGCCAUCGUCUUUGGGAAUGUGCUUGUGUGUCUGGCUGUGCUGAGGGAACGUUCUCUCCAGACGACCACCAACUAUCUGGUGGUCAGCUUGGCUGUGGCCGACCUGCUGGUGGCCUCGUUGGUCAUGCCCUGGGCUGUGUAUCUGGAGGUGGUCGGCGGUGCCUGGCUUUUCAGCCGGCUCUACUGUAACAUCUUUGUCACGCUAGAUGUGAUGAUGUGCACCGCCAGUAUCCUCAACCUGUGUGCUAUCAGCAUUGACAGGUACACAGCAGUUGUGAUGCCCGUCUUGUACAACACCACCCAUCGCUCCAGGAAGAGAGUUUUUGUGAUGAUUGCCACCGUCUGGGUCCUGGCCUUCGCUGUCUCCUGUCCCCUGCUGUUCGGUUUCAACACCACAGAUGACCCCAUGGUGUGCUCUAUCUCCAACCCCGACUUUGUUAUCUACUCCUCCGUGGUGUCCUUCUACCUGCCGUUUAUCGUCACCCUGCUAGUCUACAUUCGCAUCUACGUCUUCCUCAGGAUGAGGCGGAAGAGGAUCACCUUCGGCCAGGCCAGCGGAAAGGUGCAGCCAGGCUCAACCCCACCAUCUGUGGAGACCUGUCUACAAGAGGAGACACCCAAGGCAAAACAAGACCUGUCACCUAUAAGGAUUAAAGUGCAAAGUGUAGAGCCUUCAGGUCCCUCCAAGCCCAGCCUGCUGUCAGGGUGCCUGUGGCGCAAACGUCCAAAGACGGGGCCCGUGGAGAACUCUGUGCUUCCACCCGUGGACACGCACAACUGCUGCAGCAUCAGCCAUGCCUCCUGCGGUCGCACUGAGCUGGAUCUGGAACAGGAUCGAGGAGACGGGGAGGCGGAGGGGAACAACCAGCAUGAACAGCUUCCUGUCAGGAUGAGCUGCGAAGUGAAGGAUCUGUCCAAUGGACGAACGCACACGUCAUUGCGGCCGGUCCCUCAUUCUCAUAUCAACAGUUCACGAUUCAGGAGCAUGCACGCGAGGGAGAAAAAGGCUACUCAGAUGCUGGCCAUUGUGCUUGGGGUGUUUCUCAUCUGCUGGCUGCCUUUCUUUGUGACUCACAUUCUGAACACCCACUGCAGGACAUGCUACGUGCCUCCCGGGCUUUACAGUGCUUUCACCUGGUUGGGGUAUGUCAACAGUGCCCUCAACCCUAUUAUCUACACCACCUUCAACAUCGAGUUCAGACGGGCCUUCAUCAAGAUCCUCAGCUGCUGAGAGAGACAGCGCGACCAGGAAAUUAAAAUGGAAAUGAGGCGGCGCAGUUGUGCUUCAACUCUGUCGUGGUGCAUUUUGGUAAACAAUGACAACAGAUGUUCAUUGGUCAUGGUCAAGGGAAGCAAACCUGCUUUGUGCCCUGCAGGAGCAGCACCAAGGUGAAGCAAGGAAAUGAACAGACUGGGUUCAGCUGUGGUAUGCAAUAAUUGCAAACUUCAAAAUAGACCAAACGUGUUUCUCAACAGGGCUGGGACUUUAUUUGAACAGUAUUAGGGCUUGUGUCCAUGUAGUGUUUGUUUUUAAUGUCAGAAAUGUGCCGACAGCACCCUGGGGAGCAUUGGGAUGUAGCACUCGUGCUCUGAGAGAAAAAUAAUGUUAACAGGGGGUUGACGACACCGCGAACAAGGAGCUAAAAGCACAACACUCACCAGCAACAUUCAGUGUCCGUCCGUCCUGCUCCCACAAAGGAGCUUUGCUGUCUCUGUCAUGAUAGUUUCUGUGUGACGUAUCAUAAAGCUCAGGAUGCACAGACACAACCAGAAAAAGGCUUCUCCUCCAUUUGCUCAGUUACAGUGUUGACAAGUCCCACAGCAUCGAAAUGCGGUUGGAUGAAAAGGAACGACAUUGACGCACCAGCGCCUUUCUGAAAAGUUCAGAGAUUUUCAACCAGACACUGGGUGCAGCGCUUUUUCUCUAGGCGUCUACAGGCUGCUGCAUAUGCGCUCUCCUCAUUUGGGACAACUGAAAAACAAAAAAAAUACUAUAUGGACACAGACCCCUACUCCUCAAAUAUGACUUACAUUUUCACAUCCAUCCAGUCUUAUUGAUAGCACAAGGUAUUUGACUUUCUUGUGGAUAUGUCUUGUACAGUAUGUGUACUGCUCAUUGGCACAAUUCCUCAGUGCAGGACUCGAUACAAUCGAUUUAAGUUCGGAAGCUCUUUGGAGCCACGAUGGAGCUUUAAGGCUGGUAAAAUGACCGUGGCGCUGCAGGGCCGCUCCUCCUGAUCACUCUUGGUCCUGAGGCCCCGCUGCCACUGCACUGUGUGGAUUAACUGAUGUUUCUCACCUCCCCCCCAGUCGCCCCCUUCUUCUUCUUCAUCAUCAUCACCACCAUCAGUUACUCACCAGUGCAUGCACAAAUCAGAUUUCAAGGGUGUCCACUUUGAAUGGUACUGGAGGGAUCGCAUUGGUCCCUGCCAAGACUCACAUCAUUUCGAAGAUUGUCAUACAGUAUAUAUCGAUGUGGAGGCAUUGUGCUCAGUGUGGAUUCAUUAGAAUUAAACGUGAGAUUUUGAUGUAAUGAACAGUGGAAACAUUUUCAGUGUUUUUUUUUUUAAAAAGGCACUGCCUGUCAUGGCAAACCUCCAGGAUGUGGAGCUGCCUGCUGGCUGCUCUGAAGCGCUGGCGAAGGCAGGAACUUGAUUUUAACCAAUCGAGCAGGAUUGUAAACCGUGUGCAGGUCUGUCAUGGACAGAGUAUUUACUGCAGUGUGUUGUAAAUAAAAUAAAGAAAAUCAUGAAAUGUU